AUCUUUGUUAUUGCUUUCUUUCGCUGUAAUUCCCCCCUUAUUUUUCCUAUUCUCCUAGCUACAAGACUUUUACUAUAUCAUGACCAUCGUUAGGCUUCUAACGCGCAUACCCACACACAGAGCGCAUCGUUCACUUUUGUCCCUGGGAGCCAGGCACAUUGGACACCAGGCGACUCGCAGCACUGCUAAUACUGGCAAAAAAUCCGCUGGCGAAAGUAAGCUCGCCGUUGUCUUUGGCAUUCUGUCGACCGCUGCUGUUGCUGCCGCUUACACCACGAGGUAUCCAAUAAUGGCGCAGGGCACAGAUCCGAACAUGGAAGAGGGCAAUGCAGAUAAACAGCGCGGUACGGACAGGCACGAGGAUAUUAUCAAUGGCGAGACUCCUCCUGCCUCUAUGACCGAUAAACUACAGUCGUUGUAUGACUCUGUGUCUAAGAACCUGUCGCAAUUGCUGCUUGAAUACAAGGAAUUGGCGCCAGAUGAUACAGACAAGGGGAAACACAGUACGGAAUCUACAAGCAGGCCCUCAGCACUGCCAAAUAACACAUGGUACGCAAGUGUUAAAAAUGCGCUCGACUCGCUAACAGCAGCCAGCGACAUCCAGCCUCCAGAGAGACAUCAACCAAAUGGAUCAGUUGUGAGUAGCUCCAAAGACAGCGUGGAUGAGGAAUCCAAACUUUUGAGCUGGGCGGCCAGUGCCAAGAAUCAGCUGAAUGAACUCACACAAAGAGUUCAAAAUAUGGACUGGGUCUCAUUCUCUUCUAUCCCGGAGCAGCUAAAGGACGCCGCAAAAUUGAACGAGAAAACGGAAUCGGGAAAUUCGAUCAAAGAUCAGGUCUUGCAGCAAAUAGACGCGGCGCAGGCACAGCUGAACAAGCAUAUCGAUGACACUCGGGUUGCUCUAGGAGAAGCAGUUUAUGAAAUUCUCCCUGAUCAGUUACGGCGACCUUGGCUCACUGCUUGUGCCCAGAUUUGCCUCGAACAAUCCAUCCACCCGGAACUCCUCCAAGCUGCAUCUGUGCGUGUUGGAAAUGGAAUCUGCGGCCAAGAAACUGACUUUCGACACAAACGGGCCGAACGCAUGUGCAACGACUUUGCGCAGUUUAUUGGAGUUCCUGAGGCCAGCGUGGAUGUUCGUGAUAUACCCACUAUCGGCAUUGCGAGCUCUGGCGGCGGGUUCCGUGCCAUGGUGUCGACCAUUGGGUCGUACCGCGCGAUGCAUGAGGCGGGCUUGGCACAGUGCAUUAUGUACGAUGCUGCAGUGUCGGGUUCGUCGUGGGCGGUGGGUGCUCUGCACACUUACGGUUGUGGCGACCCCAAUACGGUCCUCGACAGCAUGCGCGAGGCCAUGCAGAGAGGCCUUUUCAGCACUGCGAAUCUGAUGACAUUUGUCACCGAGAACAACGACAUUGCGCAGCGCGUGUUUGCAAAUAUAGCCAUGCGAUAUCUGCUGUCCUCAGCUAAAACUGAAGAUGAGCUUGUCGAGGAGGGCAAGGAGAUGCGCGCUGAACCAGGGGACAAUAAUGGUAUCAGCAGCAGCGGCAAUAGCAGUAUUUUAAACCGGGUUUCGGACGAGAUCAAAUGUCAGGGCAACUGGAUUGUGGAUAGGGCUAUUCAAGAGAGCCACAAGUAUCUUUACCAGGCAGAGGACGACAUGAAGGCGCCUCUUACAGUUGAUGAUCUCCUCAAGGCGGCCAAGAGCACACUGCAGUCGAUCUCUGCGCCGCCCAUAUCGAUUGUCGAGCUCUAUGGUGCAUUGCUGUUCAAGCAGCUGAUUGUGCAGUACUCCAGGAUGCCAGACGGCAAGCUCAAGCUGACUUUGGAUCCGCGCUGGAUGAAGCUAAGCUCGCAGCGUGAAGCGGUCGACCAAGGUGCCCUUCCGAUGCCCAUUUACACGGCAGUGCGCCACUUUCUGGGCAGCGACAACAAUGAUCCAGAAAAGGCCCAGAACCACAGGUACCAGUGGUUUGAGCUUAGCCCCUAUGAAGUUGGCAGCAUCGACCACGGAGCGUGGGUGCCCACGUGGGCGUUUGGGCGACCUAUAAAGGACGGCAAAGAGCAGUUCAGGGUUGGAGAGACGCACUUUGGCAGCAUCAUGGGCACAGUCGGAUCCGCGUUCUGUGCAAGCGUUAAGGCGAUGACCAUGGAGAUCUACAUGGCAAUGCCCGGGGCAAUUCGAUUGGCGAUGGACCCGCUGAUGGAUCGCUUUGAGCAUGACUCUGAGAUAUCCCAUCCGAUCCCGCCGUACACCCUGUACAAUCCAUUUUACAAGACCAAGCAGCUGAGCGUCGAUGAUGCCGAGCUGGCCGAGCUUGAGGGAGCGCCCUUCCUGUCCCUGCUCGAUGCCGGAUUGGAGAACAACCUACCAUUUGCGCCGCUUCUCCGGCCUGAGCGCGAGGUGGAUGUGAUCAUUUGUCUUGACUCGAGCGCCAACAUUGACAUUAUGCCGUGGUUUGCGCGCGCCGAGGCGUGGGCGAGCAACCAUGGUGUUGAGCGGUGGCCAUGGGGAGCGCGACCAUGGACGGCCGACCCCUUGCGGCCCUCAAAGUCCGAGACCGAGACCACCAGCAGCGCGCUGCGUAGCACCAAGCAGGUCUCAAUGCACAUCGAGAGCAAAGUAAAGAAGGGCAACAUGCGGUGCGUGGUAUUUGACCACCCAUUGGCGCCGGCGCCUGCAUUAAAAACGUUGGCUAAGCGGAAUCUGGCGCCCACACUUAGCAUUCUGUAUUUACCAUUGCUGUCGAACCCAGAGUUUAGGGAACCGGCGUUUGAUCCCGAGACGGCAGACUUUUGUGCUACUUUCAAUGACAAGUGGACGGCCGAGCAGGUGGACAAGUUGGCCGAUCUGACAUCGUUUAAUUUCAGCCAAGAAAUUGAGCGUAUCCGCGCUGCUGUUAAGAAGGCGUACGAACGCAAGCGUGCGUUCAGGGUGUAUAUGGAGGCCGAUUAAAUAUAUUGGUUCUCAUUAAUGAAAAACAAAAAACAUCCCCCUUUAAUUGACAUCAUUUUUAUGCAUAUAGCAUUAUUUAUAACAUAAAUUGCUCCCG